AUGAGAAGUGCAGACUUAAAAAAUAUUAUUGUAAACCAUGCUCCUAAUCAUCAUUCUAAAAAUCCUGGUUGGGAAUACUUUCCAUCAUCUUAAAUCAAAUGUUAAGUAGAAGCAGCCUAAAAAAAAGAAUUAGCUAAACCAACUCCACCAUCUAUUAAAAUCAAAACUUUAGAAUUAAAAGCAAAAUAUAUUGAUAAAACUAAACCAAAACAUAUAUUUAAGAAAACUGAUUUAAAGGAAAUUGCAAAAAAGAAGAGAGAUGAAUUAUAAAAUUGGAUAACAGAGGAAAAUAAUUUAAAAAAAGGCAUCUAGAAAUAACAUAAAUGUAAGCCAGCCCCCUCUGUAAAAGAAGAUGAACCUAAUGAUUAAUGGCCAGAUAUGAAUGAAGAUUAAUAAGAAAAUAAUAAUUAAAAUGAAGAAUAGGAAGAGUAGGAAGAAAAUAAUAGUUAAUAAGAAGAAUAAAAUGAAUCAGUAAAAAAUAAAAAAUUAGAUGAAGAAGAUUAAGAAGAAUAAGAUUAAUAAGAAGAAUAAGAAUAAUAAUAAAAUUAAUAAGAAGAAUAAUAAUAUUAAUAAAAUGAUUAUGAAUAAGAAAGUUAAAAAUAUAAUGAAUCUUAGGAAAAUUCUAAAAUGAAGUUAGAGUAAUCUAAUUAAAUAUAAAAAUCACAAAACUCAAAUAGUUAAAAAUAAAGUUAAAGAUAUAAUUAAAGCAAUAAUUAAAGUAAGAUCAAUUUAGAAAUUAAUGAAAAUAAAAGUGAAGUAAAAUCUAUUGUUUCUAAUUCAUUUGUUAAAAAUGAAUCUAAAGUAAUUAAUAAAUCAGUGAAUACUAGUUCAUUACUUUUUUAUAAAUCACAAGUAGCAGAUGUAUUAUAUUAUUAAUAUAAAAUAGCAAAUGAGAUCAUUAAUGGAUGAAUUUGAAUGA